AUGGGAAUUCGAGGGCUAAACGCUUACAUCAAGAAUCAAAACCUAGGAACACCAGUCUCUUGGGCACGCACCACGAGCACAACCACUACUGCUCCGCAGUCCAUUUCGCAGGUAAAAACGUGUACACUAGAAAAGAGUAAUGCGAAGAAUUAUCUUGAGGAAAAACAGCGAUAUUUUGUAUUUGACGGGAAUGCAUUUAUUUAUCACAUUUAUACUGGAAAAUUGAAUUGGGUUUUUGGUGGCCAAUACACAACAUUCGCAAACCUCGUAAAUUCACACACAAAAACAACACACGCCUAUGAAAUCGAUCAAACAUACCUAUUCGACGGUCCACUUCCCCUCCUAAAACAAAAAACGCGUGUAUCUCGAUUCCGCGAAGGAAUCGAUAAAUGCAAAAAUCUGCCAUCAUCGAUUAAUUUCAGUAAAAAGGGAUUUUUGAUUCCGCCAUUGACACUCGAAAUCGCCAUACAGACACUUCGAAAGAUUUCGAAUGUUAAAAUGGAGAUGUGUGCUGGUGAAGCAGACAAUAGUGUUGCUAGUAUUGCGAGGUCGGUGAAUGGUUACGCAAUUGGUAAUGAUUCGGAUUAUUUUGUGCAUGAUUUACGUGGGGAAUCUGAUAAUGAUGAGUGGUUUGGUGGCGGAAGAAGUGGCGGUGGAUACAUUCCACUGGACACUUUACAAAUUCCAAAAAGCGAUGGAUUAACGAAUAAUGAGAGAAUUUCUGCGACUGUUUAUCGUACAAUAGAUAUCGCGUCACAUUUCAACAUUCCAGUAUCUUUACUACCACUCCUUGGAUCAUUAAAUGGAAACGAUUAUAUAGAACCAAAAACGCGUAAAAAUCUCCACGAAUCAGUUAAACAAUAUUCCUCUACAACUGAUUCCACAAACACCAAUUUCAAUUCGCUACCACCGUAUUUUUACGACGCUUUCAAAUCAGGACGCGUUAGUCAUAUGCUAAUGGACGUGGUCUGUAAUCGAAUAUUUUGGUGUGCACCGUUUCUUGAGGAUCAGAGUAAAGAGAGCGCGUGGAUUCUAAGUCGCCCUGUUAGAAAAUGGAUUUAUGCUAUUUUGGAUGUAAUAACUGUUGAAGAUGACAGAAUAAAAACAUCGGAAAAGGAAUCUAGUACAGUACUUGAAUGUCUAAGACGCAAAAACCAUUUAAUAUAUGAGGAAAUAAAAAUAAUACCUCACGAAGAAAUUUUCAGAUUCUUUAAAGAGUACAAUAGUUCGUCAUUACCAAAAUUCGAUGAUUUAAUCUCAAUGCCAAAAGAAAUUCGCACCAAAUUAUUUUUCCAUAUUCUAAAUUCAGAUAUUCCAAAAGUAUACAAUCUUUCUCUAUUGUCUUCCUCAUCUUCGCUUUUUCAUCAAUUUCUCGCUGCAUCGCUUCGAUAUCUCGUGCAUAAUCUCGCGCUUUCAUCAUCAAACAAAAUCACCAAUCAAGAAGUUUACGCGUUUAUCUCAUCAUCAAUAUUCGUCUCUUUUCUAGACAAAUCGAUCGACUAUGACUACAAUUACAAAAAUGACGGCUACAUUAAUAUAAUACAUCUCACCUCGCAAUAUCAACAUUUGAUACACUCUGCGUGGAUGCUCGCACAAUCGCUUUCUCUUUAUGAUUUCGUGGACGGUGUCUCGUUGUGUCAUUUAUACGAUGGAUGUGCAUUCCAUUACUUUUAUCGAAAGAUUGGAAACGCGAAAGUGAUGAAUAAUGUUGAUAGUUCGAGUAUUAUGAGACCUGUAUUUGAAGCUGCUGUUCAAGAGUUUUGUACGGCUUCAUCUGAAAAUGAGAAAGACGGAGAAUUACUUUUACAGGAAUUUGAACAAGUUUGUCAAAUUGUGGAAGAAGGGUUAGUCGAUGAAAUUUCUUUUAUAAAAAUGACUGAUAAUCUCAAAAAAAAGAAGAAUCGCGAAAUUAGUCAUGUUCAAAUUGAUACAAACAAUCCCUAUUCUGUUUUGGAAAAUUACAAUCAAUAA